UGAGAACCGUGCGCCCGGCCCGGCCGGGUGCGCACAGCCCAGCAAAGCGCGCCGCGGGCUUCGGUGACUCAGCGGAGGCGGUGUGCAAGGGCCGGGGCGGGGCUUUUGCGCCCGUGCAGGCUCCUCGGGCCAUAAAUCCAGACUGCUUUCUCCUUGGCUCCAACACGCCCGCCACUAGCCUAACGGUCUCAUCGUCACUUGCUUUUGGACCUCCGGCCUCAACCCAGCUCGAAAUGGACCCCAACUGCUCCUGCACCGCUGGUGACUCCUGCAGCUGUGCUGUCUCCUGCAAAUGCAAAGAGUGCAAAUGCACCUCCUGCAAGAAGAGCUGCUGCUCCUGCUGCCCCGUGGGCUGUGCCAAGUGCGCCCAGGGCUGCGUCUGCAAAGGGGCAUCAGACAAGUGCAGCUGCUGCGCCUAAGGGUGGGGAGAGCCCUGCUCCCAGAUGUAAAUAGAGCAACAUAUACAAACCCGGAUUUUUUUUCUUCAUGCAAACCUGACCCAUAUGCCACAUUCCUUUUUCUACCAAAUAUGUGAAUUACAAUAAAGUCAUCCAGACCA